UCGGCAGCAGCCGCGGAGAACGGCGGCCGCGGUGCCCUCUGGCCCGGCACAGCCACCGGCCCGGCCUGGCCGCGCUGGGAGCGAGCAGCGACCCCGGGGGAGCCAAGCUCUUCAUGACGGAAACCCGACCAGGCAGCGGGGACGGCAGCUGCGCCCGGGCACGGGGAGGACGGCAGCGUUGGGGACAAGGACAGCCGCGUCCCGUCCCCACCCCCGGCGCCCGCCGUCGGCCAUGGGGAACGGCAUGAGCCAGAUCCUUCCUGGCCUCUACCUUGGGAACUUCGUUGAUGCCAAAGACCUGGAGCAGCUAAGCAGGAACAAGAUCACCCACAUUGUUUCGAUCCAUGAAUCCCCCCAGCCCUUGCUGAAGGACAUCACCUACCUCCGCAUCCCCCUGCCUGACACCCCUGAAGCCAACAUCAAGAGGCACUUCAAGGAAUGCAUCAGUUUUAUCCAUCAGUGUCGCCUGCAUGGAGGGAACUGCCUCGUCCACUGCCUGGCUGGCAUCUCCCGCAGCACCACGGUGGUGGUUGCCUACGUGAUGGUUGUGACGGAGCUGAGCUGCCAGGAGGUGCUGGAUGCCAUCCGAACCAUCCGGCCCGUGGCCAACCCCAACCCCGGCUUCAGGCAGCAGCUGGCCGAGUUCAGCGGCAGUGCAGCCCGCAAGGUCCGCAGGCAUCUGAAGCAGAAGUAUGGGAUGUCCCCUUUCAAUGAUGAGGAAGAAAUAAAGGCCUUGCUGCCAGCAGGGAGAGAAGGAACGUCCAGGACAGAGGGAGCUGUGCAAGGACUGGUCCCAAGAGCCAGAGACAUGAGGAGCACAAGUCCCUUCCUGCUGCGGGUGAAGAGGACGUUCUCCUGCAUCCCGGCUUUGGAGCAGAGAAAAAAAAAUUUAAGAACCGUCCCCCCCGUCCUUGGGGCAGCCAGAACCUCCGGCGUGUGCCGGGAAAGGGAAAGUGAAAGCCGGAGCCGCUUUCGGUUUCGCCGCCGGGCCGCGAUGGCGGAGCCGGGGGCGCCCAUGCGGCUGAAGGAGUGGCUGAUCGCGCAGAUCGACAGCGGCCGGUACCCGGGGCUGCGCUGGGAGAACCGGCAGAAAACGCUCUUCCGCAUCCCCUGGAAGCACGCGGCCAAGCAGGAUUACCGGCAGCAGGAGGAUGCUGCGCUCUUCAAGGCUUGGGCCAUCUACAAGGGGAAGUACCACGAAGGGACGGACAAGGCCGACCCCUCCACCUGGAAGACGCGGCUGCGCUGCGCCCUCAACAAGAGCACCGACUUCCAGGAGGUGCCCGAGCGGAGCCAGCUGGACAUCUCCGAGCCUUACAAGGUGUACCAGAUCGUGACUGACAGAGCCUGUGAUGCAGAGGACAGUGACACACAGUCCCCAGGCAGUGAGGACCAGCAGGGCAGCACUGCAGGGAGUCCGAAGAAGGAGGAAAGCCAGAAGGACAUGCUGGAGAGUGCCCAUGUCUCUCCACAGCCCUGGCUCUCUGGCCACCCCACCGAGCGAGGGUGCCUUGUCAGGGGAGUCUUCUAUGGCUGGAACCCAACCCAUGGCCAGCUUCUUCCCGGACCCCAGUCCUACCUCCCUGUGGAGGAUGUCAACAAUUCAGACUGCUGGCUGCACAUCCGCCUCUACUACUGCGAUGUGCUGGUGAAGGAGGUGACCACGCGCACGGCCGAGGGCUGCCGCAUCACCACCAGCGCCGUGCCGGCCGACAGCGAGCGCCUCUACGGCCCCUCCUGCAUGGAGCAGAUCCAGUUCCCCCCUCCUCAGGUGCUCAGCAGCCACGGCCGCGUGGCCUGCAUGACCAACGUGCUGGAGAGGCUCCUGCCCCACCUGGAGCGCGGGGUGCUGCUCUGGGUGGCACCUGAGGGGGUCUUCAUGAAGCGCCAGUGCCAGGGCAGGGUGUACUGGAACGGGCCCCUGGCCCCGCACAGGAACUGGCCCAACAAGCUGGAGAGGGAGAGGACUUACAAGCUGCUGGACACGCAGCAGUACAUCCAGCAGGUGCGGGAGUACCUGAGCAACGGGCAGCUCCUGCCUCAGUACCAGAUCUACCUGUGCUUCGGGGAGGAAUACCCCACCAGGGCUGGGCACCCCUUCCAGAAGCUCAUCAUGGCUCACGUGGAGCCAGUGUUCGCUCGGGAGCUCUUCCAUCACGCCCAGCGCUUGAGGCCGACCCUGCUCUGCAAUUCCCCACAGCCCUGUGCCCCUGGAACCUCCAGCCACGUUCUCCAUGUCCUCAAACAGCUCUGCCAGCCCUGAGCUGGGUGGGAGAGGAGAGCACAGUUGCCUUAAAGUCUCAGAGUGGGAGGCUCUGAGCCCCAUGGCUCCAUUCCAGCUGUGUGUCCCAAGGCAGAGUGCUCAGGGUGCUCAGUGUGCAGGACCAGA